ACCUCAGCAGUGCUGGUCAUGGGGCCCCCAACCUUCCUCCUGCUGCUUCUCUCCGGGCCUCUGGCCCCCACAGACCCCUGGGCUGGCUCCCACUCUCUGAGGCUUUUAGAAACCGCGACGUCCUGGCCCGGCCUCGGGGAGCCCUGGUACUUCGCGGUGGGCUACGUGGACGACACGCAGUUCGGGCGGUUCGACAGUGACUCUCCGGAUCAAAGGGUGGAGGUGCUGGCGCCCUGGGCGGAGCAGGUGGGGCAGGAGGAUCAGGAAGAGGAGACGCGGAACCAAAGACUCUCGGCGCAGAGGCUCAAAGCGCUCCUGGAGGACCUGCGCGGCUACUACAACCAGAGCCGGGACGGACCUGCGCUCCUGGACCCCCGCGGACUCGGUGGCUCAGAUCACCCAGCGCGAAUGGGAGGAGGAAGGUCGGGCAGAGCAGGACCGGAGCAGCCUGGAGGGCAAGUGGACAAGGAGGAAGUUACAUCAGGUUCCAAGCAACUGCAGUACCAGGGCUCUGAAGUGUAUCUCAGUCCCUAA